AUGAAAUUCAAAAGCAUAUUAUCGUUAUUUAUCUUUUCCUUGGCCUUACACGGCACCUAUUCCGAAGAUGAGUCAAAUCCCUUCCUCGACAUGGCCUCAUCUUUCUUGCAAGAGACACUUGCGAAUCAAAAUGGAGGUUCUGGCGGAAUUGGAGGCAUCGCUCAAGUAAUUGGCAGUCUCAUGCAAGGUGACUCAGGCAAGGCGGGUUCCGGAGGAGAUAAUGGAGCGGCGCAACUUCUUUCGGGACUCGGAAGUUUACUGGCGUCUGCCACAUCUGGCAAUAAUAAUAACCAAGGUGGCGGAGGCGGUUUUGAUCCCUCGAUGAUUAUGAAUGUCGUUGGCAUGUUCGCCAACAUGAACCAAGGAAAUGCUCGCAAUAAGCGCAGUAACUCUGAUGGCGGUGCUGGUGGCAUGGAUGCUUUAAUGUCGAUCGCUAGUACAGUUAUGCAAAACUUGAAUAGUGGCAACGACGAUGACGAUGAUUCGCCGCGUCAAGCGAAAAAGCAAGAUUCGGGCGAUGCUUUGACGAAUAUGUUACCACUUGUGAUGCAAAUGUUAAAUUCUUUCACGGGACCAGAUAUGGAAAAGACAGAAAAUCGUCACAAAGAUCAUGCUUCCGUUUUGCCGCCAUUCUUGGAACACAUUCACGUCAUGUGGGAUCAGUUCCAGCAAUCGGACUUGGCACAAGCUCUUUUUAUGAAAUUGGGACUCAAUAAUGUUUUUAAGGGUUUCGUAAAUCGCGAUGGCAAAAUGGACUAUGACCGUCUCUUUAAUUCGCUUGAAAACCAAUCAUUCCGUCGUCGUUGGAUUAAGCAAGCUUUAAUGUACAUGGCUGACUGGGCAAACUUUUUAUCUAAUCCCGAAGUCUACCAAAGAUACAUCGCUACAGGUCAAAUCAUGGCAAAUGGAUUCUUGAAAGCAAAUGGAUACCCCGAUUCUGCUCAACUCGACAUUUCUCGUCCCAGUGAGACCAUCUCCAAAGUAAUUGACCACACGGCCCGCAAGCAGCUCAACGUUAAAAUCAGCUCAAUUUCUUAUGUCAAACCCGCCGUCAACUACAUCCGAGAACUCUUGAAGCUCGGCAAGGCACGUGAACUCUUGCAAAAAUUCAAUGCCACCGAACUCAGUGACAAGCUUGCCGACACGCUCAACUUGGAGGUCAUUGAACCCGUGCUCAAGGUACAUCGUGCGUACAGAUUUGCCGUUGAGCAGCCCGAAUGCGAUCGGUAUGUGUUGUGCGAAGUGAACUCACAUGAUCCCAAUGAGGAACUUGGCUUGGGAGGAUUUAAGCAUGGAGUGACGCGCUUCGGAAGCAUGGCAGCUGCUUGGUUUAUCAGCAGUGAAACGGGAACGCCAUUCUGGACGUUGUUCGCGACCAUCAAUGAUCCGUACAAGUGUCAGAAAAAAUUCCCAAUUGACUGUACUGGCUUCCAUGACGGUGAGGCACGAGUCACGACAGAAUACAUUCACAACGAACUAUAA